CCGAAGUGUAGCAGAAUAGCCUGUACUUUGUUUACGUCCCGUUGGUGAGCUGACAGCUGCUGUAGCGCUUUACCCACACUAACAACCCUGUCUGCAUGACGCUGGUGGCUCCCUGGAGCUUCGUACACUUUAAACCGAGUGAUCUGGAUGUCGUCGAUGGGAUGAUUUGUUGAAUGAGACAGGACGGGAGGAUGAACUCCAUCACCGGUCGGGUUCUCGCCAUCCCCGCCGCCUCUGUCACCAACUCUGGAGCUUCAUCCUCCAGAGCCUUACAUGUGGAGCUCACAUCCCAGCAGAGACGAUUGCGUCAUCUCCGGAGCAUCGCGGCCCGAAACAUCGUCAACAAGAAUGGUUCCCCGCUGCUGGACACUUACUUCACCCUCCACCUCUGUAUAGGAGACCGCAUAUCUAGAGAUUUUUACAAGAGUGAAGUGAUACGAGACUCUCUGAAUCCAACCUGGCGGAGCCUGGACUUUGGCAUGCUGCCGGACCUCCUGGACACCUCCGUGUCUUGCUUCGUUGUGAGGAUCUGGGGAGGCCAGGAGGAGCAGUACCAACUCCUCAUAGAAUGGAAAGUCAAUCUGGAUGGCCUCAGAUACACGGGGCAGCAGAUUCGAUCCAGGAAUCCAAAUGAGAUCAUAUUUGGAUUGAAUGAUGGCUACUAUGCAGCUGACUUUGAUCAUAAGGAUCAGUCGGAGCGGAAGAAAAACAGUCUGCUUCAGGUCGACCAGAGUUCAGUCAGGAACUCCUACAGUGUUUUCUCUUUGCUCAGGCUUCACACAGCACAGAGAGCCAUCAAGCAGACCCAAGUGACCGUGCAGAAGAUUGGGAAGGAGAUCGAGGAAAAGCUGAGGACGACGGCAACAUGCACAGAGCGGAAGAAAGAGAGAGAGUGCAUGCAGCUGCGUAUAGCUGUGCUGCGCAGUGAGCUGCAGCGCCAGAGGAAGGCUCUGGGCAGGGAGAUAGACCUGCGGCAGAAGGAGAGGGCACAGCUUCAGAAGAAAGAGGAAGCGUUCUCCGCUCAGCAUGAAAGUCUGAAGGAGGAGAAAGAGUCCUUAACCAAGCUGCAGAAGGAAUGCACUGCCAAGAGAGAGCAGUUCCUCAAGAUCAACGCCCAGCUCACCUUCCGCUGUCGUCAGCUCCUCUCCGAGCUCUCCUACAUCUACCCCAUUGAUGUGGCCAAUCAGUCAGAUUAUGUCAUCUGUGGAGUGAAGCUGCCCAACUCUGAAGACUUUCAAGCAAAGGAUGAUGGGAGUGUGGCAGUUGCCCUGGGUUACACGUCGCACCUGGUCCUGAUGAUCUCGUGCUUCCUGCAGAUCCCUCUUCGGUACCCGGUGAUCCACAAGGGUUCACGCUCCUCCAUCAAGGACACCAUCACUGACAGACUCACCGAGAAGGAGAGAGAAUUCCCUUUGUACCCCAGAGGAGAGCGCUUUCAUUUUGAAUACGGUGUCUACUUACUCAACAAGAACAUCGCCCAGCUGAGAUAUCAACAUGGCUUGACCACCCCGGACCUGCAGCAGACACUACCCAACCUGAAGAACUUUCUGGAGCAUGGACUGCUGGUCCGAUGUGACAGACACCAUGUCUCCAGCUCCAUCCCGGUGCCGAGCAAGUCUCAGCUGGGCGUGUCUGCCGCCUCGGAGAUCGGCUUCCCCUCCCACACCAGCUCCCCAGACCGAGGCCUGAGGAAAAGGGCGAGUUCGGAGACGGAUAAGUACAAGCCGACUCCUCCGCCCAGCUACAACACAGCUAUGGGUGAGCAGCAGCCCUCGGCCGGCCUGGCCCCGCCCUCGCCUUCACCCAAACACCUGUCCUCCUCCCUCGACGCCGGCAUGGCCUCACUUAACCUUUCCAAGACUACGGAGCCCAACAAGGAGGAGGAGCAGAAGGAAGAGAAGGAGGAGACAGAGGUAGAGGUGGAGGUGGAGAGACGCAGAAGCAUUGAGGUUGAACAAGAUGAAGAAGAAGAGAUGGAGGAGAAAGCGCCCAGUAGCACAGUUGAACCCGACCCAACAACAGUGCAGGACGCUGGGGAGGAAACUGUGGCGGCUAGUCUGCACACAGGGGCCAUGAACGGCUCUCUGGUAGCAGGACAGGCUCCUGCUGGCCUGGCCCCAGAGCUGCGCUGCUCUGUGGAGCAAGCGGAGGAGAUCAUGGGCACGGAGGCCACAGGUUUAGGCCUGGGGCUGGGCUUAGGGUUGGGGCUAGGGCUAGCAGACGAGGCCCGUAUGGGAGACUACCGCUGCAUCCCCGUGGACCACGCCGUGGCUGUGGAGUGUGAUGAACAGGUGCUGGGAGAGCUGGAUGUGGCAGGACUUGAGGAGUUCUCCAGGCGCAUCUAUGCACUAAACGAGAACAUGUCCAGCUUCCGCAGACCGCGCAAGAACUCCGAUAAGUGAGGAGCUGAGGAGAAGAGGGUGGCAUGAAAAAGUUGCACAGGGGGUUUGGACAAACACAAGGCAGGGACACGAGGACAAGAGUGGGUCCCCACUCCCUUAUCGCAGAAUCAAAUAUCAUACGAGCUAUUCUGGAAUAACGACCAAUUUGCACUUAUUGUGAACAUUUCCAUAGUAAUCUUUUGAGUAAGUACAGCUGCAGGGACAGUUCACCCCAAUAUCUAAAUACCUAUUUUUCCUCUUACCUUUAGUGCUUUUUAAUCAGUUUAGAUUGUUUUGGUGUGAGUUGGAGACCUCGGCCGACGAGAUGUCUGCUUUCUCUCUAAUAUAAUGUGACUACAUGACUUGUGGUGCUCAAAGUGCCAAACAAAUACAUAUGAAAAGCUUGACAGCCAUGUCUUUACAAGAGAUUAUGACCUGGUUACUCAAAAUAAGAGCAGUUUCAUGUAGGAACUAUACUAUAGAUGAGGGAUGGGCAACUUAAAUGCUGCAGGGGGCCAUAAUUUUUCAUGGACACUACCACAGGGCCACAUAUAGGACCGUGCACUUAACCAGAAAUGAUGAAACUGCAAUUUUAAAUAUGUUUACAGUGCAGUAACUUAACAUAUUUCAUGCUCAAAUGCAUGUAUAACAGUAUAAAUAGGAAUACAAAAGGUUUGGAGCAAAUAAAAAAUAACCACUUACUGUGAUUUCUUUUUUUUCAGUGCAAGAACAGCAGACUAACAUUAAUUGCAAGAAGUAAUUUUGUGCAUUUUUACACUGCACUUUUAAGAUUUCAUGCUCAAAUGCAUGUAGUUGUACUGAGGGCCACUUCAAGUGAGGGUGCGGGCCGUCUGCAGCCCCCGGGCCUCCAGUUGCCCAUCCCUGAUAUAAAUGAAAUAGUUCUACAUGAAACUGCUCACAACAAAGUCAAAGUGACCGCUUAUUAUUUCUGGUAAAGGACAUUGCUGAUUUUUUUAGUGCUCACUUAAGCACACUCUCUCUUAUAUUGGCAAGAAGACAGACAUCUAUGCAGCUGAUAUCUCCAACACUCACACCACAAAAAUCUAGACUCAUAAAUGGCUCUUCAGGUAAGAGGAAAAAUAUCUUUUAUUUCAUUUUGGGGAGAGCUGUCCCUUUUAAAAGUGCAAGUACUGGGACAGUAAGCUUCACUUUCAUAUUUCAAUCCAACUGCAAUAUGUUUUUUUUUAAAUGGAUGGAACAAUUAAUCAUUAUUCAAACAUUUUUAUUCAUAAAAUAUAUAAUAUUUGCUCAGCAUUACCAAUUUCCACCAUGAAUUAGUGCCAGUUUUUGUAUUCUGUAAUUCCAUAACAGGGGACCAUUAAUGUAGAACGACAAGAAACAAUGUGCAUAACUCCCACUUCCAAUCCAUACUGCAGUAACAGCUUUUUUUAUGCAGUUAAGAGACAAAAAUCUGACUAAAAUCAGUGUAUAAAGAUGUUUCAGUAGUGCAGCUUCUUUUGGACAUUUUAUUAAUUAUAUAAUCAAAAAAAAACAGACACACAUCUGAAAUGGUUGCAACGAGAAAUAUUAGUAACACUUUCUAUGAUGUCUAUGUCUGUAAUGCAUUAUAAUGAAUCAUAAUCUGCUUAUAAUUACACUUAUAAGCACUCAUAAAUAUGUGAAAUGCUUUAUAGCAGUAAUUGUAACACAUUAGAAAGGAUUUGAUACUGAAUUAAAAGUAUCAUAGUGUCAUAAUACUGUAUUAUUGCUGGUCACUUACUGACAUUGUUUUUGCAAGGACAAUAUUGUAUUAUAAUUAUCAUAGUUUUAAUAUAUUUUAAUAUUUUUGCAAUGCAUUAUAGUCACUGUUAUAAUGCAUUAUAAUGUGAUUAUAGGGUCGAGGUAGCGGAGGCUAAUCUUAAACCUAUAAUAUGUUUAUGAUGGAGUUUAUAGCAAAACCAGUCAGUGAGUGAGCAGCAGUUAUGAAAUACUA